AUGGGAGCGCGGCUAGAGGUGUGCUGGAGCCCCUUUCCCAGUCCUUGGAGAACCUUCCUGCUUCCCCGCCUCCCCACCCCACAACGCAUUCCCCAGGCCAUCCACGGCUUUCGAGAGACAGAGAAGUCGCGCUGGUCAGAGGCAAGCCGGGCCAUACUGCAGCGCGUGCAGGCUGCUGCCUUCGGCCCUGGCCAGGCCCUGCUGUCCCCAGUGCACGUGCUGGACCUGGAGCCUCAGGGCUACAUCAAGCCCCACGUGGACAGCAUCAAGUUCUGUGGAGAUACCAUAGCUGGUCUGUCCCUGCUGUCUCCCAGCGUCAUGCGGCUGGUGCACACCCAGGACGCAGGACAGUGGCUGGAACUCUUACUGGAGCCAGGCUCCCUGUACAUCCUUAGGGGCUCUGCCCGUUAUGACUUCUCCCACGAGAUCCUUCGGGACGAGGAGUCCUUUUUUGGGGAGCAUAGGGUCCCCAGGGGCCGACGCAUCUCAGUGAUCUGCCGCUCCCUCCCUGAGGGCAUGGGGCCUGGGAAGCCUGGGCACCUGCUCCCAGCCAGUGGAACCCCAAGUCCUCCCCUAGCUUCCCAGACACAUUGAGCUUAUGAAUAAAGUGGAGAAUGGACAAGUUGUCACCUUUGCACUGGCUGUUUGCUGGGGCUGGGGCCUGCAGGGGAACCCCGGGAACC